AUGAAUGAUGAUGGAAAAGUCAAUGCUAGCUCUGAGGGGUACUUUAUUUUAGUUGGAUUUUCUAAUUGGCCUCAUCUGGAAGUAGUUCUCUUUGUGGUUGUCUUGAUCUUCUACUUGAUAACACUGAUAGGAAACCUGUUCAUCAUCAUCCUGUCAUACCUGGACUCCCAUCUCCACACUCCCAUGUACUUCUUCCUUUCAAACCUCUCAUUUCUGGAUCUCUGCUACACCACCAGCUCUAUCCCUCAGUUGCUGGUGAAUCUCUGGGGCCCGGAAAAGACCAUCUCUUAUGCUGGUUGCAUGAUUCAACUUUACUUUGUUCUCGCACUGGGAACCACAGAGUGUGUCCUACUGGUGGUGAUGUCCUAUGACCGUUAUGCAGCUGCGUGUAGACCUUGUUUCUGCCACCUGCUGGCUGUGGCUUCUUGGGUAAGUGGUUUUACCAACUCAGCACUUCAUUCCUCCUUCAACUUCUGGAUACCCCUGUGUGGACACCGCCAAGUAGAUCACUUUUUCUGUGAAGUUCCAGCACUUCUGCAAUUAUCAUGUGUUUAUACCCAUGCCAAUGAGCUGACCCUCAUGAUCACAAGCUCCAUAUUUGUUCUCAUACCUCUCAUCCUCAUUCUCACACCUCUCAUCCUCAUUCUCACUUCUUAUGGUGCCAUCGUCCGGGCUGUACUGAGGAUGCAAUCAACCACUGGGCUUCAGAAAGUGUUUGGAACAUGUGGAGCUCAUCUUAUGGCUGUAUCUCUCUUUUUCAUUCCAGCCAUGUGCAUAUAUCUCCAGCCACCAUCAGGAAAUUCUCAAGAUCAAGGCAAGUUCAUUGCUCUCUUUUAUACUGUUGUCACACCUAGUCUUAACCCUCUAAUCAACACCCUCAGAAACAAAGAUGUAAGAGGGGCAGUGAAGAGACUAAUGGGGUGGGAAUGA